AUGCGCGAGUUCAUGAGCUACGUCCAGAGCGCGUUCUAUGAGGCGACUGGCUGGAACCGCGACAACUCGUACUCGUCGCUCAACGCAACCGCAGAUUCACUCCUCAAAUUCCCGACGCCGCAAGGCCUACGCCUCACGCUCUCCUCCCUCGCGACCCCUCACUUCGCGACCUCGUAUCAGCUUGGCUCCGUAGGCGUCGUCGACGGCUCCAUCUCCUACUUGUACUCGUCUGUGCCCCUCCGCGCGCAUCUCACCCCGCAAUCCAAUGCCAUCCCAUUGCCGGCGCUGCUGCGCUCCUAUCGCCCGCUCGCCGAUCUUCCGCCCCGGCCCGAUAAGAGAACAUAUCCCCUGCUCAGCCCAGCUGCUGCCUCGCUGCUGUACGGCCGCCUCUACCUCCCGGAGUCGAUGCUCGAAGCGCUCGUUGUCAAGCGGAUCUCUCCGGCGCUGCAGCUCCAGGUCAGCGCUGUGUCGGGCAAGUUCUUGCGCAACGGCGGUACGCUUCUCGGACUGGCCCAAUACGAUGUUGGCAGGUACGCCAUUGAGGGUCUCGGAUCGUCAGACGGUGGGCUACUGGGAUUUCGAGGUGUCUACAACUUUGGCGGGGAUGCGGAAAAUAACCAGCCGUCUCAGUCACGGUCGACCGGCCGGCUGAAUGGGAAGCCGAUCGGGCUCAGCGACGAGACAAAGGAGCGCAUCUACGGGCGUUUCAGCGCCGGCGGAGAGAUAUACUACGGCACAUUGAACAAAUCCGGUGGAAUCAGCUUCGGGGGCCGCUUUGCCACGCUGCCAGAGCAUCGAGGGACGCCUUUAACGGCGACGCUGACGAUCAACCCCCUAAUGGGCAAUAUCAGCGCCAGCUACGCUGUUGUGGCGGGCCAGCACUGCAGCCUCGCGACGCGCAUGGACUUUAACGUGUACAGUUACGAGAGCGACUGGUCCGUGGGCAUGGAGCUGUGGCGCAAGAAUCUGACCCGCAACAUCGAGCCCGCGCUCUCCGCCGAGAACUUUGUCCAAAAAGAGCGGAGCUUCCAGGCGAAGCUGGAAUGGAGGCUGGACGAGCCGGAGGCCCUGCCCAAACCUGUGAAGCCAAUCUCCGAAAAGGAACGGAAAGAGAAGCCGAAGGAGCGCAGCUUUCAGGCCAAGAUGGAAUGGAGACUGGACGACCCUGAUCUGGAUGGGACGGAAUCGGGAGAUGGCGGCACGCCGCAGGCGACGGGCGUGGACGAAUACGGCAGUGUCAUCAAGGCACGGCUGGACCAAAACAUGAAGAUCGGCGUCCUGUGGGAAGGCCGGUUCAAAUCUUUGCUGUUCAGCCUAGGGAGCGCCAUCGACUUGCGCAAGCUUGAUUCGCCGUUCCGCACAGUGGGUGUGGAAAUCCAGUUCUCUUCAUGA